AUGGAUCCCAUACCCGACGAAAAGAAGUUCAGGAAUCAAAGCUGUUCUGACAUCUUUUGCAAUGACUGCAUCACAAGAUAUGUUCCUAGUUGCAAGGAGGUUAUAGAGUGUGAGCAAUGUCGUUGGAUCAUUCCUAAAGAAGUGUUUGAUAGAUGGGGAGACAUCCUUUGUGAGAAUUCAGUGGUUGAAGCAGACAAGUUUUUCUGUCCUUUUAAGGAUUGUUCAGCCAUGUUGAUACGAGAUGGUGAGAAAGAUGUGAGUUCAUCGGAGUGUCCACAUUGCAAUAGACUGUUCUAUGCACAGUGCAAGGUUCCGUCGCAUGCAGGAAUGAACUGUGAGGAGUUUCAGAGGUUGGAGGCAUCGAAAGGAGGAGAGAACGAAUACCUAAUGACGACACUUGCAGAGGAAAAAGGUACCCUCCGAAUGGAGUGGAAUUACCCUUCGAACACUCAUUAG